CUGUCUGAUGACAGGGACUAACUGACGGACACCCACACCCCCCUUUCAGCCCUUUCAGGCCCCGUUGGUUUGGACCGUGGAGUGCCCGAAGUUCCACUUCUCGGUACUGAUGGAUCCGUGGAAUUAUGGCGCCCGCCAGGUACUGACUGACCUAUCUCCUAUCUACUUCUACUCCUUUCAGUUUUAUUUUUGGAGCAAUUAUCUUCGGCAAUUGUUCACGCUCUAUAUCUGCACCCAGUACCAAGGAAAUCUAAGGUCGUAAUACUAUCAUUGACAGGGCCAGCAGGGAAGCCAGCAAGAAAAAGUAGAAAGCAACAAAUCAAGACACAACAGAUGAGGUACCGCAACAUCAAAGUCCAUCCCAAGGCCAAAUAUGCAGGAACACUAUACAGCUCGUCUCUUAUGACCGACAUCCGUCCUGCGCAAAUAGUAAAAAGAAGAGAAGGGAAAAAAAUGAAAAAUGAAAAACCAACAGCGGUAUACAUACAUCAUGCAGUCAUGGUAGAUCAGAUCAAAUGGAGAGUCAUCAACAUUUCCCAGAGCAGAGAGCCGCCUCUCCCAAAUCCCAACAGGGUGUCCGAAGCAAACUCACAAAACCGGCUCCUUGCCAGGGACCAUCAAGAAUCUCAAGCGCCCCGGCCGUUAAUCUUUUUUUAUUUUGCCUCUCCCUUAACCCAUGCGAAUAGAAUCAAUAGCCUCUCCAACGCUCUCCAGCCAAUCCAGUUGGAUGUGAGUCGUCGAGCGAACCAAGGAGACAACGCCGGUGACAAUGUCUCGUCUCUAGCCAACUCACACAGAAUGAGAUGCGGAGAGAAAAUCAAAUGUAGCGAUGGUCGGAGAACCAAGGACGAAAGGUAACAAUAGAAAACAAAAUAAGGUAGAGAGAGAGAGAGAAUAAGCAGAAA